AGUCUCGAAUUUUAGUGCUUAAUAACUUGAUUCAUAAGGCUGAUCGCAGCGUUUUUCUGCCAGAUUCUUUCGUUUUAAGUGAAUAUGCAUCGAAUGAGUACAUUUUUAUUAAGAUUUUAGAGAAAGUUUACAAAUUAAAAACUUUUGUUCACAAUGGCUGGAAAUUGCAAGAGAGUAGUAUUAUGUAAGGGAUUAUCUGAAAAGAGCAAUCAGGAAACAUAUAGCAAGAUAUUGGAAUCAGCUGGUUAUAAUUGCGAAUAUUUACAAACUUUGAAAUUCGAAUUUGUGAAUAUUUCGGAUCUGCGAGCUUGUUUGUUAGUAGCUGACAAAUAUAGUGGUUUAAUAUUAACUAGUCCUCGUACAGUUGAAGCUAUUGUAUUGGCAGUAAAAGAAGAUACUAAUAUUCUAUAUCAUUGGGAACAGAUGCCAACGUACUGCGUGGGACCUGUGACGGAGUCUCUCGCAAGAAAUCGACUUAAUUUACAACAUUGUGUAGGCAGUCAGUCUGGUAAUUCAAAGCAACUGGCUGAAAAAAUUAUUCUUGAUAUAAAGAAAGAUUCCAAACUAUUAUUGUAUCCAUGCAGUGAAAUUGCACGUGAAACUAUCUCUUGUACUGUUAGAGAUAGUGGAAUUUCAAUAAAAAAGAUCAUAGUUUAUAAAACAUUAGAGAGCGAAACUCUUGAACAAGAAUUACCAAAAAUGCUCGAGAGAUCUAAUAUAUUUGUUUUUUUCAGUCCAUCUACAGUUGAACAUAUUACAGCGCAACUUAAGAGAAAUUUCUAUAAUGUCAAAGAUAUAAAAGCAGUAGCUAUAGGACCUGUAACAAAAGAUGCAUUAAUUGAUUCUGGUUUCAAUGUAUAUGCCACUGCGAAUAAACCUGAACCAGCAGCUUUGAUGCAAGCGAUCACAGCUGCUGAUUCUAUCUAGAAAAUAUAAAAAAGAAAAUUUAAAAAAGAAUAAUUUAUGACAUGAUGUCUUUUGAGUUGUUUGUAAUAGAUUGAUCAUGA